AUGGCCUCGAAAAUGCUUGUUGACGAUCCUUCUCUCUCUGCGCUAUGCGCUGUCAUCGCCGGGGUGUCAUUGCACUUGGGUGUUUUCAUUCGAGGUGAAUGGGAGAAGUACGUUGCUCAGUUGGUGCUGCUCCAGUUGAACGCACCGCUCGCAUUGCUCGCGGCACUCGUCGCAUUCUUCGAUCAGACACUUUACCAAGCCGCAGCAACCACAGCGCUGCUCACUGCAAGCUUCAGCAUCGGCCUUUACGGCAGUAUUGCGGUUUAUCGUUUGUUCUUCCACCCUUUGAGGGGGUUCUGGGGUCCGACAAGCGCGAAAAUAACCACUCUCUGGGCCGUCAAGGAGAGCAUCCCACAUUUGAGGUUCUAUCUGAAGCUUCAGCGCCUUCACAAGGAACAUGGAGACUGGAUUCGCAUUCACCCGAGAGCGCUUUCCAUCAACAACGCAGAAGCAAUUCAGGACAUCUACGGCUACACCUCAAAGUGUACCAAGGGCCCCUUCUAUGACCUCAAUUAUCCCGGUCGGUCUCUGCACAUGACCAGAGACAGGAAGUUCCAUUCGCAACGGAGGAAAUUAUGGGAUCGCGCUUUUACCACGCGAGCCUUGAGUGACUACGAAAAGCGCCUUAAGGGACACUUCAAGUUUUUUGACCUGCGGAUCUCAGAGUCUAUAGGCAAGCCUGUGGAUGCGACAGACCUAUGCGAAUUUUGGGGCUUCGACGUCAUGGGUGACCUUAUGUUUGGCCGUCCCUUCAACCAGCUAAAAGAGAACAAGGAGCAUUUCGCCCUUGCAAUGGCCCGGAAGUCCAAGUUCAUAGGCGGAGCCACGCUUUAUUCGUAUUGGAUGUUCAUGCUUAUCCAAAGAUUUCCCGUCAUCUCUGCUUUGAGGCAGAAAUGGCUUGGGUGGUGCCGUAGCCAAAUGGAAGAGAGACGGCAGCACACCCCUGAGGUCUUGGACCUUUUCGCCCAUCUCCUCCAGAGCGAAAACGAAAAGGCUGGCGAAGUCAUGUCCGCCACGACCGACGUCGACGCCGUCUGUGACGCCGAACUGGCUAUUAUCGCCGGCAGCGACACCUCAGCUGCCACAUUGGCUGCCGUGAUGUACCUCUUGGGCAAAAAUCCACACAUGCAACCCAAGCUCCAACAAGAAGUGGACGAUGCCAUCGCGUCAACCGAGGGAGACUUCUCCUACAGCGCCCUCAUCAACAAGCCUAUGCUCGACGGCGUCAUCAACGAAGCUCUGCGCCUCUACCCUCCGGUUCCAACCGGCCUCCAGCGCCUGACGCCGCCGGAGGGUUUGAUGAUUGCGGGCCGCUUCGUUCCUGGUGACACCUUGGUCUCGGUGCCCUGUUGGUCCGCUCAUCGCGACCCGAGAAACUUCCCCAAGCCGGAAGACUUCAUCCCAGAGCGUUGGUCGUCCAUGCCCGAGCUGGCACUGCACAAGGAGGCGCUCAUCCCCUUCUCGGCCGGCACGUACGCUUGCGUCGGCAAGCCGCUGGCGAUGAUGGAGCUGAGGAUGGCGGUCGCCAUGGUCGUGAGGAGGUUCGAGAUUGCGCUCGCAGACCCAGUCGAGAGCGUCAAGCUGUUCGAGGAGUCGCCGGGAUGGCAGGACUCCUUCACGGUUAAGAACUUGCACAGAACAGGUCAGGAAAAAGAGAGCGCGAUGGGUUCUUUGGCCGUGCAGCAGAUGCCUCUUGGGCUAUACCUCUGGAGGCGGAUCGCCGGGUUAGGAGUUUCCAGUAUUUUCGGAGUUCCGGGAGAUAUGAAUCUGGAACUUCUUGACUACAUAAACGAAGUUGACCAACUAUCAUGGGUGGGAACAGCAAAUGAACUCGGCGCUGCCUACGCCGCCGACGGAUACUGCAGGGUGAAGCAAUGCCCCGGAGUUGUUGUCACUACGAUGGGCGUGGGAGAGCUCUCUGCCCUCAAUGGGGUGGCCGGUGCCUACACUGAGCAGGUCAAAACAAUAAAUAUUGUCGGAACUACCUCAACGGCAGUCCAAAAGAACCGCACCAUGAUCCACCAUUGUCUAGGCCCGAAUCCGGACCACAGAGUCUACGAGAAAAUUUCGAGCCAUGUGCGAGCCGCCCACUGCUGGCUUGACGAUAUCGACGAAGCUACAUUCGAAAUAGAUAGAGUGCUCCGGACAUGCAUGGACACCUCUCUACCCGUCUACAUCUUCAUCCCCAUGAACCUCGUCCACCAGCUCGUCGACGCGCCCCUCUCUCUCCACUCUCUAGACCUCCCACCCGCGCCAGCCCCCGAGGCCCUCAUCUCCCUGCUCCUCUCCUCCCUCUACGCCUCCCGCAACCCCGUCGUCAUCGUCGACGCGCUCGUCUCCCGCCACCGCGCGACGCCGCAGGCCAGGGCGCUCCUCGACCUGCUCCACGUCCCCACCUUCUCCACGCCCAUGGGCAAGAGCAUCGUCAACGGAUCCAGACCGUACUACCGCGGCACGUACAUCGGCCAGCUGUCCUCUCCGGACGUGCUCGCGGCCAUCGAGUCGGACAGCAGCGACCUGGUGCUCGACCUCGGCCCCAUGCACACCGACUCCAACACCGGCGGCCACUCGCGCCGCCUCGCUGCGGACAAGGUCAUCGAGGUGCACCCGAAGGAGGUCAUCAUCCGCGGGAAGGUCUUUCCGAACGAGGCUGGUAUCCGCGCGCUGCUUGCAGGCCUUGUCGCUGGCAUCGAUGUCUCGAGGCUCCCUGUCGUUUCACCGCCGCAGGCCGUCGCAGCUCCGGGGCUUGUUAUUGGCGAUGAUGCUGGGGAGGCAGAGGAGGAGAGAAUCACGCAGGCUUGGGUCUGGCCCCGCAUCGCGAAGUUUUUGAGGCCUGGAGACGUGCUGGUUGCCGAAUCUGGCACAGCACAGUUUGGCUUGAGUGAUGUGGUGCUGCCGGACGACGUCACGUACAUUACGCAAAUGUACUACGCGUCGAUUGGCUAUGCGCUGCCAGCUUGCCUGGGUGCAGCGGUGGCGAAGAGGGAGUUGGGCCAUGGGAAAGAAGGGGGGAGGGUGGUGCUGGUGACAGGAGACGGGAGCGCGCAGCUGACGGUACAAGAGGUUGGGACGAUGGUGAAGUUGGGGCUGGAUAAUGUGCUAAUACUCGUCAUAAAUAACAACGGGUACACGAUCGAAAGGGCUAUCCAUGGGCCCGAAGAGGUGUACAAUGACAUAGCUGCCUGGGACUGGCAGCUCAUGCUCUCCUUUUUUGGUGACAAGAACGGAAGAGCGCGGAGCCGUGAGGCGCAUACGAAAGCGGAUCUUGAGAGUAUCCUGGCAUUGUCCCAAUAUACGGCGCCAGAAUCGAUACAAGUUUUGGAAGUUCACAUGGGGAAGAUGGAUGUGCCUCGGCUUUUGAGAGAGUAUGUGGAGCUUGUAGCAGCUCGUACGAAAGCCUCCGAAAAGCAGUUGUAG